AUCUUAAAAGUUAACGAUGAUCCAUGCCGUCCUGAUAUUCAACACGUCCGGUGUACCUAGGCUGUCCAAGUUCUACACACCCCUUCACCAGUCCUCGAAGACCGUCAUCCAAAAGAUAUUCCAGCUCAUAUGUUCCCGGCCGCCUGGCCUAUGCAACUUUCUCGAUGCUCCCGAGCUCGAGGCAUUUCUGGGUCCAAAAGACGGCCAGGACGAGCGCUGGCGGGUGGUGUACCGGAAUUACGCGACACUAUACUUUGUGUUCGUCGUCGACGGCGCAGAGAGUGAGCUGGGAAUAUUGGAUUUGAUACAGGUAUUCGUGGAAUCCCUUGACCGAACAUUUGAGAACGUGUGCGAGCUGGACCUUGUGUUCCACUUUGAUGAGGCGCACCAUAUUCUCGCAGAGAUCAUCCAGGGUGGUGUGGUACUCGAGACGAACGUUGAUGAAAUUGACCGUGCUGUGCAAAAUAUGACGAAAGCGCGUAAGGAUUCGUUUGUGUCUGCGAAUCCUCUUUCUCUUGGCGUAGGCUCCAUUGGCUCGCGAGGGAAAACACCUCUGGAUUGGAUUGGUAGGCUGACUGGAACGGGCGUCCGAUGA